AUGCGGCUAUCCCCGGCUCUCAACAUCCAUGCUUGCGUCCAAGCUCGACCCAGUCUGCUGUGGAUUCUGGAAAGACUGAAUGGUAGCGACAAGAAUCCGGGGCAAGCCCCGCGGUCCAAAGACAUCCAAGACGAGGGUGUCCUUGGCCAGUAUUAUCUUGGGUUCAGUGCGAGCCACGAAGCAAGAAAGUGUCUUGCCGACGCUCGAGGCACCGACAUCGGGUCCUUGCCAGCGAUUCUUCAAAAGCCGGUUCUACAUGCAAUGCUACUCGGAGACGUCAAAGUACAGGCACGUAUCUUUGACUAUUCAGAUCGGAGCUCUCCAAGGAGCAAGUCCACACGUCCAAAGAAGCGGAAAUACGACGACGAGAAGGCUGAUGUGGUGCUUGGACAUGCUGCCCGGCCGGAGGAGCACAUGCCUUCCAAACUACCAUCAUGCAGAAACCCAUCAAACCUACUUUCAGAUCCGAUUCAGUUCUCUGCAAGAGGGCAACUGGCUGAUUUCUUCUUUCUCCGCGGCGAACCCAUUGAUCCAGAUGCUGUGGAUCCCAAGUUGCUCGCAGUUGUUUCGAGCUCAUCUUUGCCCCUCUUCGAUCACCGCCCACUGGAUGUCCGGCACGUUUUCUUUGCAAGCUCCAGUGUUCUACUGCGCCCGGAGCUUACCCGAUGUCUGGAUGAGGAGAUGAACAUCGAGGUUGUGGCUCGCGACUUUGACUAUGCCGACGCAGCACAGUGCUCCGAGGAUAUAUCGGGCGCUGACCUGGCGCAGCUUCUGUCCAAGUGGCAUGUUGGACGUGGCUUUGAUCGGUCGCGAGGACGUGGACCGUUUGUGGCUGCUCCUAUCGCUCAAGGCAUCUCGAGGAUAUCGCUACUGGCAUCGCUCAUGCAUCCCCUCGGAGUGCGCAUCGAGUUCAAGUACUCACACUCGCAUCGAGAGACAGCACAGUGGGUCCGCCUCAUAGGAGACCAGUGCGCUCACGAUUGCGAACAGGGCGCUGAUGUCAGACGGUCUGCAUGGUCCUGCGCUGAGACUUGGAGCGCCCGCCCGUGGAUCCGCAGAAACGAGACCCCGCAAGAGCGGUUCCUGUGCUCGCUAGGAAUGUUCAACUGCUUCAACGCCCAGCUGGCCCUCCUCCUGUACACGCCACAGCAGCUCUUGUCGAUGAAUUUUGAUGAUCUGGAGCGGUUUUAUCGGGUGGCACGGCAGCCACUAUUGUAG